UCAUCGUUUGAUGCACAAUGAAGCUCCUUUCACAUGCCCUUUUGCUGGUUGUAAUGUUAGCUUCACAGAAAUGUCAAGAAUCAGAAGAUUUGAAUGAUGAAAUGCUUACAGACAGCCUAUACGAUUGGUUUUCAGCGGAUGUGGUUGACUUUCGAGACAUUGGAGACAUCACUGAGGAAUAUGAGAUUUCAGAUGUCCCAGACCCCAACAUCACAGUGUACCGACAGAUGGAGGACAGAGAGAAUGUGAUCGUGCUGUGCAAGUUUGCCCAAAUGUUUGAAAGGAGAUACAUAUUUCAGUCAUUCAAUUUGUCUGUGGAGAGUGAAUUGAACUACACCAUGGAACUACUCGAACGCUCUUCUCUAGAUUCUUCAGAAAUAUGUGUGUUUCUGGUCACAGCGAGUCCACCUGCUUCCUUCACCUGUGUGCAUGAAUUUGAUUUUGGUUUAGAUGUCAGGAACCUGCGCAGCCAGACCUACAAUUACAGUGGAUCAGUCUUUGAUCAUCACGAGGAAGGACUAUCUUUAUCCUACAUCUGCUUUUCCUCUUUCAUUGCUGUUGGUCUGUUCAUCAUGACUGCAGCAGUGAUCGUGACCCACAUAAGGAGCAAAACUAAAG